AUGGUGGAUGUGAAGUGUCUGAGUGACUAUGGGUUACACAAGCAUCUUGUGAAGCUUGGGUUCACACCUGGCCCAAUACUACCUUCCACCAGAAAGACCUAUGAGAAGAAGCUAAUGCAGCUUCUGGCCUCGCCUCCCUGGGAACCGCCUGUCACAAAGAGACCCACAAGGCCGCAGGGCUCUGAGGACAGCGAUGACAGUGAAGAUCCAGCCGUAAAUAUCAUUUUGAAGGGAAAUGUCAAAUUCUCAAGAAACAAAGGCAAGGAAGGCAAGAAGAGACUUGAGGCUUCUACUAGCAAAAGAAGAAUCUUAGACAUCUACUACCUGAGCCAGAAGCCCACAAAGAAAGUCAGGUAUGCUGCAAGACCAAGUCCAAGGAUUAAGUGUAGCUGUGUCUCUGAAGAAGACUACUCUCGAUGCAACAAGAGAUCCAAGAGCAAGUCCCCAUGCCAGAACCCAGAGGACAGCUUCCUAUACCAGAGCUCCGAGAACGGCGUCCCAUGGAGCUUGAAGCUGGCCGUCCUUGGGAUUUUCUUUAUUGUGGUGUUUGUCUACAUAAUUGUGGAAAAGAAGCCACUCUUGGGUUAA